UUAACAAAAGAGCAAUUUAUGCUGGAGAAUGUUCAUAUGAGGAAAUUAAUUCUGUCCAUUUAUAUUUUUUCUCUAGUAAAUAAACCACUUGCCUUUUUUAUGAACUAUUAGGCUUGGGACAAAUUAUAAAAUGGUACAAGGAUCCAUCUUUUCAAAACCCCUCAAAACAAACCAUAAUAUUACUAAUUGAAGUAAUCACUAAUACAAACAUCUCCUCCCCCGGCUGCUUGAUUAUGUCUAAAGUCCUUUGAGUUGAUUAAAUUCUUGUUGACCUAUGAUGCACUUAAGCACAAAUGCUGCUCCAGCAUCUUACAUUAUCUGUUGAAUGACAAAGCAUUGCCAUGUGACAAAGUAAUCACACAGUGUAACCUUUCACACCUCAACCUGGUGAUCUAAUCAACUGAUUGAUGGUGAAAUACUGAAGAGCUGCAGGAAGCGUUGACCUAACAGAUGGGAAUUUAAAAAAAGGUUAUUAAAUGAGGCAAAACCGCUUUUCCUUAUGAUCAUCAAAACUCUUCCCGACAUGAUGCAAGCACCACGUAUGAAGGGUUCCACUGAAACACGUUUAAAGUAGGACGAUACACGGUAGCAGGGAAGGGAUUCUACAGCCCGUGUAAUGACCACAGGGCUGAUUUAUCUUUAACCUGCUGCCAGCCACUGUAAGCUGCUCCCCCUGCACUGUAAAAGAUACCAGUCCGCCCAACUCAUCUGUAGCCUGCCCGGCGUUAGAGUCUCAUUUGAUCUGAGUAAAGAAUGUAUUCAUUCAUAGAAAUCAUUGAUAGAACAUCCUCCAUUUGUUUCCUGUGAAAAGUUAUAGCCAAACCUGUACUGUUUACGAAUCAGAGCCAUUUUAAGAGUGACUCAUCACUCGAUUUUAACGAUUAGACUCAGCAGGAAUGGGCACACAAAAAACAUAUUUAUUACACGCAGUUGUUUAUUUUAUACUCUAUCAAAUACAUCACACUUAUUUAUAUAAUGAUAUCCUAUUUUAUUCAUUUAAAAAAUGAAAUAAUCUAUAGGUUAGGGGGCUUCAUAUAAAGGUGGAGCCUAAACGUGGAAUUAACAUUUUUUGCAGUGUGCGCCCAUGGUUGCAUCACAUGACCUGUUAAUCCUCAACGUAUUUCCGCGUUGACGACAGCCGAGCUGUUAUCAAUGACUCUCUGUGGGUGUGCAGCGCCGGACCUUCUGCACCAGAGGCGUUUUCAUCAUCCUCUCCUCCGGCUGCCGUCUCCGCUCUGAAUGCAUGAAGCUCUAACCAUCUGAGGGCCUCUUCCUCCUCCUCCUCCUUCCUCCGCCUCCUCCUCCUCCUCCUCCUCCUCCUUCUCCUCCGGCUCUUCUCCUCCAUCGAGCUUGCCGUCGACCACCGCGAACGCGCUGGGGGGGAAUCCGGGGAAAGGGAUCCGCGGUGCCUCGCACUGCCCGACGGACGCCCCGCCGCGACGCGCCACCAACAUGCUCAGCCGGGUCAAGUCUGCAGUGGCCGGCUUCAUGGGCGGCAUGAUGGCCGGGGGCGGCUCCGGCGGAGGGGGCAGCGCUGGCUCCGAGCUGCCGCUGAAAUUCCCCUACAUGAGACCCGACUUCCUGGGCUUGUCGCCGGAUGAGAUCGAGUGUUCCGCGGACCACGCAGCUCGGCCCAUCCUCAUCCUGAAGGAAACGCGCAGGUUGCCGUGGGCCACCGGAUACGCAGAGGUGAUUAAUGCCGGAAAGAGUGCGCUGAACGAGGACCAGGCGUGCUGCGAGGUGGUCGUAACGAGAAGGAGGCCGAUGAGCUACUGCCCCCCCUCCACGCCCAGCAAGACCCCGACGACCAUGAAGCGCAACUCCCUCCCCAACGGAGAGGGCCUGGGGCUCCGGGUGGAGCAAAGCAAGCUGGGAGAGGACAGCGAGGGGCUGGUGUUCCACUACUGGGCCUUGUUCGACGGCCACGCCGGCUCCGGCGCCGCCGUCGUCGCCUCCCGCCUGCUUCAGCACCACAUCGCCUGUCAGCUGCAGGCAGUCAUCGAGAUCGUACGAAACCUAGCCUGCCCGCCCCCGACCGUCCUGGGGGAGGAGCCCGACAGCAACCCCUACCUGCAGGCGAACCCCGCGGGCCCCCACCGAGGCCUCACGCGGGCGGCUUCUCUGCGCGGGGCGGCCGGCGCGCCCACUUCCCCGUGCAACACCCCGCCUCCGGCCCGCUUCUUCUCGGAGAAGAAGAUCCAGCACGAGAGUCUGGUGAUCGGAGCCAUUGAGAACGCCUUUAAAGAGAUGGAUGCCCAGAUUGAGAGGGAGAAGCAAGUGUUUCACAUCACAGGAGGAUGUACGGCGCUCACAGUGGUUUACCUGCUCGGAAAACUAUACAUCGGGAACGCAGGUGACAGCAGGGCGAUCGUAAUAAGGAACAAUGAGAUCAUCCCCGUGUCGACAGAGUUCACACCCGAAUCGGAACGCCAACGGCUCCAGUUCCUGGGUUUCAUGCAGCCUCACCUGUUGGGGAAUGAGUUCACUCAUCUAGAAUUCCCCCGGAGGGUUCAGAGGAAGGAGGUGGGAAAGAGGAUGCUCUACAGAGAUUUCACCAUGAAUGGAUGGGCAUACAAGACCAUUGGGGAUGAAGAUCUCAAGUUCCCCCUAAUAUAUGGGGAAGGAAAAAAGGCACGGGUCUUGGCAACCAUCGGGGUGACCCGAGGGCUUGGUGACCAUGACCUCAAAGUUCAUGACUCCAACAUCUACAUCAAGCCGUUCCUUUCCUGUUGCCCUGAGGUGAAGGUGUACAACCUGAUGGAGUACGAGCACGGGGCCGACGAUGUUCUGGUGAUGGGCACCGACGGCCUCUGGGACGUCCUUUCCAACCAGGAAGUCGCCGAAACCGUCACCUCAUUCCUGGCCAACUGUGACCCUGACGACCUGCGCAGGUACACCAUGGCAGCGCAAGACCUGGUGAUGCGAGCACGUGGCGUGCUCCGAGAGCGAGGCUGGCGGAUCACCAACGAGCGCCUGGGCUCCGGAGACGACAUCACUGCCUUCAUCAUACCGCUGAUGUACGGCAACCGUCAGCCCUGAGGAGCCCGAGGGAGAGGCCCCCGAACCCGACUGGGUCGAUGUGGACUGAGAAUCCCCCGUGGAAGUUUCCUGGUGGCCGUUUGCACACGUUCUCCCUCAGAAUGACGAUACCCUGAUGUCUGGAUGUUUAGGUUUUUCUGUGUUUCAUGUCUCUGCAGGAGUUCAGAGGUCGCUAUGGUGAGCUCCUCUUUGUUGGUCUAUUCACUAAGGUUGGAAAAGCAGGACAAAUAUUGUGUAUUUGGGGCACAAAUCCAAAUUUGAUGGAACAGCGAGUGAACUUCUGCAGCGAUGUGAAAUCUGUGAUAGAUGAAUGUCAAGAAUGACAAUGAAGAAAACAUCCCUCUUCCCUUUCUCCCCUUCUUCCUCCUCCUCCUCUUCGCAGUGCUUUACGUGUCUCUCUUUACUCCUCCGCUCUUCUCCUUCACUGUACAGUCGCCUCCAUCAUAAAUGAAAGUAGACCCUUUUGUCUCGUGAGCACGGACGGAGGUGACGGGAACCGCUUCCAGGUAGCUUUGCAGAUCACAUGACGGAUCGACCUGAGCGGAACGUUUUUGUGGCUUUUAUCCGGCGCGAGCACAGGAAGCCUGAGACCGUUUUUUUUUUUGUUUGGGGGGGGGUGACAGAAAGAGAUGCGGACCUGAAGUUGACCACCUCACAGUAGCAAGUCAAAUCCGAGUGGGAGGCGUGUACCAAUCAAGUAUCACUUGUAAAAUUGGCGUCAUUUAACGCCUGCACAGAAAAGGAUGUUCACCAUCGUGUUAAGUCAUUUCAUCGGAUAUGGAGUCUUGAAAUUGAAAAAUGAGAAAACAUUCAUGUUUCAGCAUUUAGGGUUAAAACGCAUGCUUUUCUGGACAACAUGUUUGAAACCACUCUCAGAACGUUGGGUCAUCUUAACAAAGAGGGAGCUAACUUAGCUCUGGCCCAAGUUUAAAAAAAAGCGAAAUAAAGGUAAAAACUGUUAUGGGAUAACUUCACAAGACAAAACAUUAGAUGAGAUGACUUUUACAUCAAGUUGCUGACACUUGAGACUGGCCCACACCAUUGACCAAGCAUCCAUUAUAUGUGAACUAUAAAGGGGCAAUAAUUCUCUGCAGCAGGGAGGAUUUAAUCAAAUGAAUAAUCACGAAAUACAAUCAAAGUCAAUCCAAACAAAAGCAGCAAGAACACAGCAAGAAAUUGAUUUUGUUUGCUUCGCAUUAACAUCUCCUGCAGCUCUCACGUGCUUUUCCAUUUGUCUUUAAGGGGGACGGGUUCAGCCAAAACAGAAGUUUGGAUGUGGUGAUUUUGUACGGACUGGAUUUGUAUUUCUGCGACGUAUCAAAGCGCUAGUGAUAAUGUUAUUUGUUUGUAUAUGUGCAUAGACCUCGCAUAUGUUUCUACGAUCGAUGUUCCUUCAGAGUUGUUAGAAUCCCAGGCAUUCAGCAUAAGAGCUACGGGUACGAUCCAUUGUGAGGGGCGGGAUUGCUAGGGUACUAAAACACAAACUGCCCGAAAGCAGAAACUCAUUUUUUUGUUAACAUCAUGUUGGCUGGAACUAAGGGGGGAAAAGCAAACACAACGAGUUCUGCUGGUCCGUAUUUAUUUUUUUCCUACAUUAUGAUCUGGCAUUCAACACUGGGUUCAGAUGCGGUGCAGGCAGUCUGGAGGAAGGACAAGCUGUUAACUUCAGGAAAAACGAUCAAUUCUCAUGUCUCAUGGGACGCCAAGGAAUGAGUUGACAUUUUGGGACACACCUCUUAGCUUUUAUGGGGAAAUGCAUUUCCCAAAAUAUCUUUUUUUGUCACAUGAUGUGUGCCAUUGUGUAGCAGGGGCUAUUUAUCUUGUUAGAUUCUAUUUUGCUGCUGAUAAUUACUGACAUCCCUCCCAGCAGCAAUUUCCAUUUGUGUGGUGUACUUUUCCUCCUGUAAUAUGUCAUUAUUUGCAUCUGUAGUUUCAUCGUUUAAGCAAUUUGAAGCCAUUUUUUUUUUUUACUUUGUUUAUUUGCACUCUUUCCUGCCGCCACGAAGCUUUGUCUCGGCAUGCGUUCCGGAUGUGGGCAUUUUUUUUCAACUGUAAACAUAUUUAGACUUGCAAAUGGGGCAUAAGAAUAUGUGUUGAAUGUUUAAUCCUCAUACCUAUCAUCAAGCCUUGUUCUCUUCGAUGAAUGUCAAAGAAUGAAUACAUGAUUUCUUUUUAAUUGUUUUUCCUUUCCUUCAUCCUAUUGUGCCACCCACCUGCUGCACAUCAACUCAGGUUCAAUUAUCAUAUGUGGGUCAAGUGGGAAAGCUGUUUAAAAGGGAUUUUCUAAAGGUCGGUUAAGUAGUUCCACAACAUUUGUAAAUACAUGAGAGGAUGUCCUGGAAAGUUUACUUUGUCCCUUUUGGCUCGACAGUCCCUUUUUUGAACCGGCUGUAUUGUAAAGUAGUUACUGCCAUUGUGGGGUUUUCCUACCUUUUUAGACUAAGACGUUGGUAACGGGAACAUGAGAAGAGUCGGGCGUGGGGGGGGGGGGGGGGGUUUCGUAGCAAAGAGGAAGUUUGAUGCCCAUUGGAGAACUAACAAAGUGACCGUUGUGCUAGCCUCAACCUCCCCAUAUGUGAAUGUGAAAUGUACAUUUUGUAAAACAAGACAAUAACUUAUGAAGUCCCAAAGAAAUAUUUUUAAUGUUUCUUUGUGUAAAAAAAAGUAAUGUUUACCUUCAGUGUUUCUUUUACAGAAAUGAAAAAAAAUAAAAUAAAUGUUACAGAUAAAUGUAAAAUAAGUGUUGUUUGCUUUAUUUAAAAAAGGAAGAAUUUGAUAUCAGGUAACCUUGAUAUGCAAUCACUCCUGAGACGUGCAGAAGAGCAAAUCAAUAUUACUGUUGUUUUUCUUCCCUGGUUUCUCAUUGUGGGAAAGCAACCGAAAAGAAACGGCCAGGCCUCUAAAAGACUGAGUGCACAGAGGGAUUCAUUAGUGGAGAUACACAGUGAAACUUAAAAUCGUUCUUGAAGGACAAAUCAAUACUGUCGCAAUUCUCAGU